AUGUCAACUGAUUUAACUGCCAAGAAACUAAAGCCUGCAAGUGACCUACCAACAACUGCAGAUAAGCAAGCAUCACCUGCAAUUGAUAGACCAACAACUGAAGAUGAGCAAGCGACAAUUCCAGAUCACCUUACAACACCUGCAAGUGACCAACUCACACCUGCAGAUGAGCAAGCACCACCUGCAAAUGACCGACCAACAACUGCAGACGAGCAAGCAUCACCUGCAGUCAAACGACCAACACCUAAAGAUGAGCAAGUGACACUUCCAAAUCACCUUACAGAACCUGCAGGUGACCGACCAACAACUGUAGAUGACCAAGCACCGUCUGCAAAUGACCGACUCACACCUGAAAAUGAGCAAGCACAACCUGCAAAUAAUGACCAACCAACGUUUGUGGGUGAACAGCAAGCCCCUGCAGUUUACCCACAAACACAGACAAGCACCCAAUCAAUACCUUCCAGUAAGCCUCCGGCGACGUGGCUCGAGUGUGAAGGAGGAAGAGAAAGAAAGCGCAUUGCCUUCCCCAAGAACCACAAAGUGGCAGGAAGCACUGUCAUGACCAUCCUCAGUCGUUAUGCAUACACAAGAAAUCUAAACGUUAUCAUUCCACGUCCAUUUGUGCCCAGCAAGAUGUAUCCAUACAGACUAUACCCCGAAAAUUACAUGCCGCCACCGCCUAACCAAACAUUCGACAUGCUGAUGUAUCACACUGUCUAUAACAGAACACGAUUUCAUGAAAUACUACCGAAGGACACGGUGUAUGUCACCAUCAUCAGGAAACCUUUGAAUCACCUAAAGUCGGCAUGGACAUUUUACAACUAUGGAAAACUGUUUCGGUUAAACGAAACAGUGAUGAAUAAUUCUCUCGCCAGAUUUUUGACCGAACCGGGAAGAUACGAUAGACGCUGUGGACAUGGCAUACACUAUCCGCUCUGUCUGACGCAGAAUUCUAUCUCCACUGAUCUUGGGUUUCCUCCCGAAUAUAACAAAAACGUAACUUUGGGGUCUGACCCUAGCGAGAGAGAGAAAAUUAGCCGAGCAUUCGUGCAGUCCAUUGACAAUGACUUUGACCUUGUCAUGCUUACAGAGUACUUUGACGAGUCGCUGGUUCUACUCAAACGCUUGAUGUGUUGGGCAAUACCGGACAUACUGUACAUCAAGAGUACCAACAUUCAACGUCGUAAGUUGCAAGACUUAUCACCCAAACUCAAGCAGAAGCACAAAGAAUGGAGCUAUGUAGACUACGCUCUUUACGACCAUUUCAACAAGUCAUUUUGGAAGAGGGUAAACUUGGCAGGUAAUGAUUUUUCUGGGGAGGUCAAAUAUUUCAAAGAUUUGAAUGCAAAGAUUCAAAGGUUUUGCCGUGACCCGUGUUUGAGUGAGAAUCAAAAACUGGUCCUGAACAAGACACGUUGGAGUCCCGAGUUUACUAUAACUAGCGAUUUUUGUUUGGUGUUGAGCAGAGGUGUUUAUUGCCAUAUAUCUAUUCAGGCUGAACGUGUUGGGAAAUCACUGGGGCUGACCUCUCAAAACGCCAGUUUCUAUGGUUACAACUCUACAGGAAACAUCAACGCGAAUGUCAAAAUGCCGGAAACAUGGCAAAAUCGAAUGGUGAUGAAAUCGGUGGAACCGUACUGUGUGUACUGUAAAAUGAACUCGUGUAGAAAUCUGGACUACCUGUCUCACUUUUACCGAGAUGGCUAUGUUGGAAAGGAGGCAUACCAGACGACAAAGCAGAUUCUGUGCAACCAAGGGAAACAAUCUGUCAGGAUCCGGAAUUAACAGCUAGCACUACAUA